AUGGUGAAGCUUGCGGAGUAUCCUAGAACUGCGACUUUCGCAUGGUCUCACCAUCGGUCCCCUUUAUUGGCGACUGGGACAGCCUCGGGCACAAUUGACGCGGAUUUUUCGAGUGAAUCGAAACUGGAGAUCUGGUCGCUCUUGGCACCAGACGUUUCCACCCCACAAGCGUCUGUGGCAGCUGAAGCCAAAUUCAAUGACUUGGACUGGUCUCACGAUAACCGUAUCGUGGCAGGAGCGCUGGAUAACGGGGUCGUCGAGUUCUUCUCGCCUAGCGAGCUCAAAUCUGUCGCGAAACUUUCACACCACACGACGCCGGUGAAAACCCUUCGUUUCAAUUCCAAGCAGCACAAUGUGAUGUGUUCUGGUGGUGCCAAUCGGGAGAUCUUUAUUUGGGAUGUUUCGAAGAUAGGACAAGCCGGCUACGUGCCUCUCACACCAGGAACGGCCAUGACGCCCAUGGACGAGAUCUACUCGUUGGCCUGGAACCAGAAUCAAUCGCACGUCUUCGCAUCGGCCGGAUCGUCCGGGUUUGCUUCCAUCUGGGACUUGAAGGCCAAGAAGGAAGUUUUGCACUUGAGCCACACUUCCCAAAUCACCGGCCAAAAAAACCAGCUCUCUAUAGUCGAAUGGCAUCCUACCAACUCCACACGGAUUGCCACCGCUAGUGGCACUGAUACAGACCCUUCGAUUCUGAUCUGGGAUCUGAGAAAUGCCAACGUUCCUCUAAGUGUGCUUGCAGGAUGUCACAGCCGUGGGGUUCUCUCGCUCGACUGGUGCAAAGAAGAUUCCUCGCUACUUCUAUCCAGCGGGCGUGAUAAUACGUGCGUAUUGUGGAACCCAGAAGAGGCAGAGAGCCUGACUCAAUAUCCCACCAGGGGUAAUUGGUGUUUCAAAUCGAAAUUUGCACCCCAGGCUCCUGAUCUGUUCGCUUCCGCCUCUUUUGACAAUAAGAUCGAGGUUCAGACUCUACAAAAUUUGGCUUGUUCCUUAGACAUUGACGCAACAGCGAACAAGCAACAGGAAUCAGAGGCUGAGUUUUGGAAUAAUGUCUCUGAGCAAGAUAUCGGCGAAAAACCGAUCGUAAACAAAGUGCAAGCUCCGCUUUGGUAUGGAAACAAAUCACCAGCUGCUCAAUGGGCAUUCGGUGGAAAGUUAGUUUAUAUCACUAAUGAUAAAAAAGGUGUUAACAUUGUCAAGCCUACCAUACCGGGUGUGGAGAAAAAUGUUAUGCUGGAUGAGGCUCUCCAGUCUAAGGACUUUAAACCCAUCAUCAACAAAAGACUGGUUCAAAGCAUUGAUGAGACUAACGAAGAAGAUUGGACUAUGCUGGAAAAACUUUCUCUAGAUGGUAAAGAGAGUUUCCUGAAGGAGGCCCUUGCAUUUGAAGAUGAGGAUUCUGACGAAGCCUCUGAGAGUGAGCCAUCUGCAGACGAUGGCGGAGAUGACUUUUUCAGCAGUCUCAAUGAAAAGUACGUUCCUGAGGGGCAGUUCCAAUUGGAGACCGCUGGCAAAACCGAUGACGUGAUUAGGAGUCUUGUGCAAGGAGACAAGAAGAAAGCAGUUUCUCAAGCUCUAGGGCAAGAUUUACUUCUAGAGUCUCUGAUCAUCGCUUUAGACAGCGAUGAUCAGGUUUUGAAAAAGAAGGUUAAAAAUGUAUUUUUUGCAAAACAUGGUCAAUCGUCCCCUCUCGCCAGGAUCAUGCACAGUAUCUCGAAGAACGAUGUUCAUGACUUGGUUGAAAGUUUAGAUGUCUCGCAGUGGAGAUAUGCUGUCAAGGCAAUUUAUGCGUAUACUUCUGAUCUUGCCAUCAGAAAUACUCUUUUAGUUCAAUUAGGUGAUAGAGUUUCAGACUCGGGAAACAGGCAAGACGCACUCCUGUUGUAUUUGGGCGCGCAAUCUUUGGAUAAGGUGGCUGAAAUAUGGCUGAAGGAGUCUAUGACUUUGGAAAGCAAAUUAAAGUCUAAAAAAGACACCAUAUAUGAAGCACACUUAGAAUGUUUGACGGAGUUUGUCGAACGUUUCAUUGUCUUUAUUAGUCUAAUCAGUGACGAUCAGCAUCAAAGAAUCACCAACGAGGGCCUGAUUUCUAAAUUCUUGGAAUUUGUUAACUUGACGUCAGCUAACGGUGAUUUUGACUUGGCUCUCAAGUUCUUGAGCAUUUUACCAAGUGAUAACGAGGAAGUCACAACUGAGAAACAACGAGUGUUGAUUGCAUCUAACAAAGAAAUAACGAACGGUCUUGCCGUGAACAGCAAAUCCAAGAUCCAGAAACCGCGUUACGCUGCUACUAACUCUUUUGGUGCACCUUCUGUUGUGGGACUUGGUGUUGCCCAACCAAACGCCCCCGCUCCACCAUUUUCGGGUGCUACUCUCCCACCAACUCAAGCGGACACCGCAGGUUACCAGCAAUCGGCUCCUUUGGUGUCUCGAGCUGCGUCUAUUGCGCCGGUGCAAACUGCUCUGAAGACUGGGGUUUAUGCCCCUACAUCAGGUACACACGCAUCAUCUACAAAUAAGUACGCGCCACUAAACGAAGCAGUAUCCCCAGGUGGCAUUACACGCGUUCCAACGGCCUCUGUGCCACUGGCCCCAUUGGCGGCAAAUGCGUACGCACCUGCCGCUAAUCAGGCCCCUGUGAUGAACGCGCCCUCAAACCCAUACUCAAACCGUUAUGGCGUCGCCUCUACUCAGCCUACCUAUACACAGCCCUUCAAACCUGUCGCUACUGUCAUUGGAAGCGGACCAUCUGGAUUUAGUGGCGCAGCCCAACCGGUAGCACCUCCCCCAAUCAAUGGUGCAUCAGGUCAAACUCCGCACUUGAACAAAAAGGCUAACGAUGGAUGGAAUGAUUUACCUUUGAAAAAGGUCGCGGACAAACCCACUCGUGCCAAAGCUGUCUCGGUAGCUCCCGCUAGUCUGGCUACUUCUCCAGGUGCCGUCGGGCCACAAUCAACUUUUGGCACCAUCCCACCACCUCCCAUGUCGAGAGUUACCUCUUCGGCAUCCAUUCAAACACCCGUACCUCAAAGAAAGCCAUCAAAGGCAUAUGCCCCAUCAACUGGUAGUGCCUCGCCUUCAAUAGUUAGUGCACCCGCUCCAGGACCAGCUCCUACAGCUGGAUUCGCGCCUCCAGCCAACCCUUACGCCCCUCCACCUGCCACAACUUUACCUUCCAAUCCGUAUGCCCCACCUUCCAGUGGAUUGAGGCACGGGCAAACGAGUUAUGCGCCCCCAGCGAGUUUACCUUAUGCCGGUACCAACCCUUUGAACGGUCAGAGUCUACCUCCACCCACCACGCAGAAGCCUCCUGUAGGUCCUCCCCCAAAGAACGUGAAAAGAAAAGCACAUGCCUCCGGUGACGUUGAUUCGGCGAAUGCCUUGCUAGAAUCUGUUCAAAGAAAAGCAGAGACACCAUUGCCUGCUCCUACGGCCGUUCCAGCCCCAGCUCCUGCUUCGUCUUCUAGUGCAGCUCUACCUGUAACUGAUGGCUACAGUCAAAGCCAUUCGCCGGCAACUGUGGCCCCUGCUGCUACAUUGGAUAGCAACUUACAAGAAGUUCCAUCGGAUCAGCAGCCGAUUGUGGAUUUUCUGACCAGUGAGCUGGCUCGCGUCACUCCGUUGAUACCACAGGAGUACACCAAGCAACUAAAAGACUGCCAUAAAAGGUUGCAUAUUCUUUUUGGUCACUUAAAAAGACAAGAUUUACUAACACAGCCAACCAUUGAGAGGUUGCAUCAAAUCGUGGCCCUGAUGCAAGAACAGCGCUACGCGGAGGCCAUGCAAGUUCAUGUAGAUAUCGCAACUAAUUAUGCUCAAGACGCUGGAAACUGGUUGACUGGGGUGAAAAGACUAAUAGGUAUCGCGGAGGUCACCUCUAGCUAA